CACAUCGGUAACAAAUAGCUAUAGUGGGUUCCAAUGCCAAGGAAUGGAACUCCGUCUGCAUAAAAGCGAAAUUCCUUUAAAAUAUUUCGAAUAUAAUGAAUUAAUAAGUUGGAUUUAACAAAGGAAAGGACAAUACCACAAAUUGUUUCAUCGGUGAUAGGCAAUUUGGUUUCAAUGCCAAGGAAUGGAACUCCGUCUGUACAAAAGUGAAACAACCUUGUAUUUUGGCGUCUAUGUUGUAUACAUUGUUUACCAGCUGUGGUCCCUGAUCAAUGCCAGACAUAAAAUCCUUGCUAUUGCCCAAUAUGAGUUUCCACAAGGAUGGCCAAUACUCAAUUCUCGAAAGGAUGACACAAACGAUGAAUUUUAUGCAUUUACCGAAUACAUUAAACAAUACUGGCACUGGUAUAUCUUUCAUUUUGCCAUCAGCGGCUUCAUUCGAAAAUACCAACCUAGAUGGCAGAGUAUGGGACACGUCUUGGUGACUUGCAUCAUUGUGUGUUGUACAAUGAAAAUAAUAUCAAUUGCUUUGAUAUGUAGCCUGGUAAUGACUUACUAUUUGGUAGCGCAGAGGCACUCAAAGGCAUAUGUGUGGUUGCUUUCGUUGUUGUGGAUGAUUGUCAUGAUUUUUAUGAAAUCGAACAAAAUGCUGCAGGAUAACAUGGGUUACAUGGAAUUCCAUCAUGUAAUGGUCACUUUAUGUUGGUGUAUUCUAAGGGGAUGCAGUUUUAGUUUGCAGUUGGCAAAGUCUUAUGUGAAUGGAGAAGGUGAUAUGGAAAGAAAAUAUAGCUUUAUCAAGUUUCUGGGAUAUAGCUUGUAUUUCCCUUGUUUUACGUUGGGGCCCUUUAUGGGCUAUCAUCGCUAUACACCUGCAGAUGAAAUCAUCCAGGGGAAAUCGAAUCUGAUACAAUUUCUGUGGCAAAUAGCAAGGGUUGCUUUUUGGUGGUUGGUCUUGGAGAUUGCAAUACAUUUUAUUUAUGUCCACUAUAUGGCUUUGGAUAUUGAAGCCAUCAAGGUGCUGGACACCAAGUUUGGUUUGUAUGCAGUUGGCUAUUUUAUGGGUCAGUUCUUUUUUAUGCAUUACAUUAUUGUGUAUGGUUUGGGCAUUGCAUUUGCCCAAUAUGAUGGUCUAAGACCGCCAAGAAAACCUCGAUGCAUUGGCUUGGUUCAUCACUACUCGGAUAUGUGGAAAUAUUUCGAUGAAGGACUCUACGAAUUUUUAUUUACCCACAUAUAUGCGGAAUUGUGCAGUAAAACUUCGUCUCCGCUGAGAAAAAUUCUAUCAACAGCUGCCACAUUUUCAUUUGUGUUUCUCUGGCAUGGCCAUUAUUGGUAUGUUUUUGUGUGGAGUCUUUUGAAUUUCUUCUGUUUGGUCUUGGAAAAAGUUCUGAAAACCAUAACAACAUCGGCAUUUUAUAACAAAGCGAUGCGAGAGACAUGUGGACUAACUGAUGGAGGUGUACAGCGAUUUAAUGCAUUCCUGGGAUCGCAAAUAUUUAUUCCGGCUGCAUUUUCAAAUUGCUAUUUCAUUAGUGGUCUGGAUGUGGGAAAUUUUCUGAUGCAUGAAGCGUAUUUGGGAGGCUGGUGGAAUUAUGUGACAUUGUCGUUUUGCACCUAUUGUUUCUAUCAAUGUUGUGAAAUUGUAAUGCACAAAAGAUUUCAAGUUCAUAGAUAAUAAGUCAUUACUCUUUGCCAAUUAUUUUUGUGUAGAAAAUAGUAUUAAAGGAAUAUAAAUUAUUUUUAAGUAAGUAAAAGACUGUAUAUUUAAAGAAAUAUAAGAGAACAAGAACAAGAGAACAAAAUACUAUAACCAAUUUUGCCUUGAUGGUGUAAUAAGAAUCCCCUUUGAUAUAAAUAAAACUCAUUAAUUCACAA